CCGAUCAUGUAUGCUGCCAAGGUGCUAGCUCUGGGGGUGGGGGACUGCUGUGGGACAGGGGAGAGGGCUUCCCACAGCCAGUCCCCUGUGCAGGCCUCCUGCAGCCAACAACUAAAGUCCUGGGGAUUUCUCCACUAAGCUGUUGUCCUGCACCAGCUGGGACACACAGGGGGCAGCACCCAGGCUCUCCCAKCCAGGAUCCUACUCAGUCUCCCAGGGGCUUCACCCACCUUCCUCCUGUGCAGACCCUGCCUUGUCCCAGAUCCUGAAGCAUUGAGGAGCAAACCACGUUCACAUGUGACASUCAGCCAGCACCCCAUGUGCUGAACAUUGGGCCCGGUUGGGUCCCCGUUCCUGCAUCCCUGGGGAGCCCAUGGAUGCUCCCUCAGGGACAGAUGUGGGACAGGGAAUGCUGGUCAUGGGAGUGCCUGAAGGAUGUGUACCCCCGAGUGCAGGGGACUCAGAGCACAGGGGGCAUGGAGAGCUGGGUACACCAGGCACRUUCUGGGGGCUUGGGACACGGUGGCACGGGGCCCAUCGACACACAUCAGCGUUCCAGUGUGGGUCCCCGUGUGGUGGCGUCGCGACACGUCGCUGGGGCUGAGGGCGGCUCCGGUGAAUCACRGCGCUGCCUCUCGCCCCUCCCCGAGCCGCUUUAUUAGAGCGCCGCGGUCCCGAGCGCCACCGCCCCAUGGGUGAGCCGCUGUCUCUCCGCACGGACCGGGGACAGCCUUGGGGGACACCAGCCGCGACUUGAGGGAAGCCGGGAGGAGAAUGCUGGCGGGUACUGGACCAUGCCGAACUCGGGGGGUGCUGGGCGGAUACCAUGGGCCCCUGGCACCCCCUGCCUGGAUCCUCCUGCUCUGCUGGGGCCUGGCCACUUGCUGCACAGAUGCCAUGGCCUUGCGGCCACCCAGCAUCACCAUCCUGCGGACUCCAGCAGAGCCCCCCCGUCCAGGACAGAACGUGACUGUGUCAUGCGAGGCAUCAAGUGAGCUUCCGGARCUGACACUGCUCUACUGGCUGGAGGACGGCUCCUUCGUGGAGAGCCUGCACCCAGACGGGGCUGUGCGUGAGGGGACAGUGCAAGAAGAGCAGCAGGGCUCAGGGGUGACCCUGCACCGUGAUCUGCACUUCAGCUCCUUUGACACCCAACACCUGCACUCCAACUUCACCUGCGUGGUGCUCAGUCCCCUUGGUGUCGACACCAGGGAGGUGCGAUGGCCAUCCCCAGCACCAACCCYUGUCACUGGCCAGAGUGGGGGGCUGGGCUGAGACCUGGGAGCAGCUCAUGCUGGGUGAGCAUCCUGCAGUGCAUCUCCCUGCUCUGACAGGCCCACUCCACUGUGUGAGCAUGUGACACCUCCAGGGAGGCUCCUUUCCGUGACCUGCUUUGGGGACUGCGUGGCCCCACAUGUGCUAGCUCCACUGUGACUGGGACUCCUGAUGCUCCAAACUGAUUCAGGAGUGCUGCCUGGGCUGGCACCGGGCCUGCCCAGAGCUGGCUCUGGGACUCCAGAGUUUAUUAAACUACAUCGAGGCUGCCCAGUGUCACCUGCAUCCUGGGGAUGGUGCUGCCCAUGACUUUAAAGGGCACCUGUGGGAUGAAGAGGGAGGGAAAGGAGAUAGCCAUGGUGUCUGUGAAGGGCGGGAUCCAUUCCUGACCUCCUUCCUGCYUGCUGAAAGGCUGGAGUGCCACAGUCAGUCCCAGUUCU